GAGAUCGCUGGAUUUGAGGGCCAUGAGUCGAGUUGAGUGCCAUCUUCACAUAAAUAUUCCCAAAUAGUCCCAAAUAGUGCAAAACAAGUGUAUAUAUGACAUGAGGAAUUUAAACCCGGCGUGCGGGCAAUGUUGACUUGAAUGAGACUGCCGAUCGAAUGGCCCGGCAUAAAGUCUAAAAUAAGAUGGCUUGAUCAAGUAAUGCCAUUAUUGGGACACACGCACACACGAUGCAGCAUGCCAGCAUCGAUGCCAUGCUUACGCUCGAUACACUUCCUUAGCUAGCGAGGCUCUAUAAAUACACUUUCCCAGAGCUCAGCCGAGUAACAAGUAGAGCAGCCAUGGCGUCCACCCACGAAAAUGCCGCCGGCAACCACAACGAAAACACAUCCAUUGCCAUGGCGUCCGAUGACAAAAAUGCCGUCCGCAACGACAACAAAAAGGCUGCGAUGACCGCGGAGUUCCAGCUGAAGAAGUACCUGCUGCUGCUGGCCACCCUGGUGGCGACGGUGACCUACGUGGCGGGGCUCAACCUGCCGGGGGGGUCCUGGACGGAGGACACCCCCGGCGGGCAGGUGGCCGGCGAGUCAAUCCUCCGGGAGACCUACUACUACCGCUAUAUCGUCUUCUACUACUGCAACGCCGUCUCCUUCGCGGCGUCGCUCGUGGUCAGCCUCCUCCUCCUCGUGCCAAACGGGGGCGGCUACUGGCAUGGCUCGCUCCGGCUGAUCAUGGUGAUCGACCUGUUCGGCCUGAUGGGGGCCUACGCCGCCGGGAGCAGCCGCGACCCGUUCACCACCGUCUGCGCCGCCUUGAUGGUGGCUGGCCUCACCGCCUAUGUCACUGUCACCUUCCUCUGCUACAUCGUCUGCCGCUUCCUCUGCUGCAAAAAAGAGAGUCAAGAUCAAGAGACGGCCGCCAACAAAAAAGAAGAGAGUCAAAUAGAAGAUCAAGAGACGGCGGCACUACUCGCGGAGCACGAGAUCCUGAUGGUGCUCGCCAUCUUCGUGGCGACCGUUGCGUACGUGGCCGGGAUGAACCCGCCCGGUGGCUUCUGGCGGAGCACCAAGGAGGGCCACCACACCGGCGGCGACCCGAUUCUGCAGGGCGGCCACUCCGGCCGCUACAUGUCCUUCUUCUUCUUCAACACCACCGCCUUCGUCACCUCCCUGCUUGCCAUCGUGCUCAUCCUUGAUUACAAGAAACUCAAUAUCCGGGCAGGGCGUUGCGGGCUCUAUGGAUCCCUCCUCAUCGCGAUCGUCGGCCUCGGGGGCGCCUACGCCGCCGGGAGCUGCAGGGACCCUGAGAGCACCAUCUAUGUUGUGUGCCUAGGGGCAAUCUACCUUCCUCUCCAGGCGGCUCUUACAAAAGCAAUCAUUUUUCUUUGGAAUCAGCUUAAAAAAGCAUUCGACCGCGUUACUGGAGCCAUCCUUCUGGAAAAUUCCAAACUCUCCUGGAUUGGUUACAUGUGCAAAUAUCCUAGAAAAUGGCUGGCGGUAAUAACAAGCUUCUUUACUGGUUCCAGACCACCACCUGAUGAAAAGGAGAACGUCAACAAGGCUUGCGAGUUUAUUCAGUUGCUUGCUAUACUCGCAGCGACCAUCACUUAUCAAGCUGGACUUGAUCCACCAGGAGGCCUCUGGUUGGAGAAUGGGGAGGGCCAUACUGUUGGAGACUCAAUACUCCUCACAACGCACCCAAUACGGUACAAGGCCUUCUUCUAUUCUAACUCGGUGGCCUUUGUGGCGUCCUUGGUCAUCAUCGUCAUGCUACAGAACAAGAAACUAGUUAGGCUCCACAUACUGGAGGCUGCUAUGAUACUAGACCUGUUCAGCCUCAUGGGCGCAUACGCCGCAGGGAGCAGCCGGGACACGAGCACCUCUAUCUACAUCGUGGCCAUGGCCGGUGCCGUCCUGAUCUAUGUGGUGAUCCACAUCAUCUUCUUCACGCUCGACCCUAGAGGGAUGCACAAGGAUGUGCUGGACAAGUGUCGCGAGGUGUUGCUACUCCUAGCGAUCUUGGCCGCGAGCAUCACCUACCAAGCCGGGCUGACCCCGCCGGGCGGCUUCUGGGAGAUAGACGACGAGAAGCACGGGCAUCACGCCGGCUUCUCCAUCCUCCAGGACAAGUACCAUCGCCGUUACAAGGCCUUCUUCUACUGCAACGCGGCAAGCUUCAUGGCAUCCGUGGCCCUCAUCAUCCUCCUCGUUAAUCCCACCCUCUACAAGCCGGCCAUAGAGUGCUACGCCCUCUUCGUGUGCAUGGUGGGGGGCAUGUUCGGCCUCAUGGCUGCCUACGCUGCGGGGAGCUCCCUGCACCUCAAAGCCUCCAUCGUCGUAUUGGUAUUGGUUGCUCUCGUCCCUGUGUUUGGUUUUGCAGCCUAUCUGGUAGGCUCCAACCACCGGGAUAACAACAAGCAACCUGCUGGAGAAGGAGGGGCGACGCAAGGAGAUAAUGUGGCGGACGAUGCGGCCAAGGACCAAAUACAACCUGCACAACAAGUGGCCGAUGGUGCGGCCAAGGAUGAUCAAAAUCAACCUCCCACUACCGGAACCAAAAGCAACCAGCACAAGGACCAAGACAACGACAAAGCCAAGUACCUGAUGCUGCUAGGGAUACUGGCUGCCAGCGUGACCUACCUGACCGGCCUGAAACCGCCUGGCGGCCUGUGGAGGGACGACAACGAUGGGCAUUCCGCCGGCAGCCCGAUCCUGUACGACAUGGACAGGCGGCGGUACAUGGUCUUCUUCUACAGCAACUCCACCUCAUUCAUGGCUUCCAUCAUCGUCAUCGUCUUGCUGCUCUGUCAGAUUCUGCGUCGCAAGAGGAGGCCGCCUCAUUGGUCGUUGCACACGGCGAUGGUGCUGGACAUGCUCGCCCUCUUGGUAGCCUAUGCUGCAGGCAGUGCCCGAAAAUGGGGCACAUCUAGGAACGUCAUCCUGCUGCUCAUCCCCAUAGUGGUCUUCCUAUGGCUUCUAUUCUGCUACAAGAAUAGACGCCGUAACACUGCAUCACAAAAAGGAGGAGCCCCUACAACUCAGAACACUGGUGAACACCACCCCUCCGCUCCCGCUACGGAACACUGACCACCUGAAUCUUAUCAUUUGCUUCCAGCUUCAAUUGAUGUACCACGUACAAGCCCGGUGUAUCGCGUUCUCUCUCCCAAAAUGCAUUCUCUGCUUUCUACAAAUGUACUGUAUAUUUCUAUAUGAAGGAUCUUCAUACUAGUAUGUUCCUAAAUAAAAUAAUUUUAUAUUUUCAAUCUUGCACGUAGUUGUGUUGAGCAGUUGAGUUGCAGAGUCCUAUACUCCGAAUACACAUAAUCAAACUCAAGUCACAAAAAUAGCUUUGACUUUUGCCUCUCGGCUUGAUACGAUAACAAGAAUCAAUAAAAGUCUCUGUUAUCUGAAAAAAAGAAACGCAAGUAAAAGUAGGACAUAUGUAACGCCUGAAUUAGGACUGGUUUCGGGAAUUAAGAUAUAGGAAUGAGUUUUAUCGAAAAGAUAUAUGUAGAAAGUUGGGACAUUACACCGAGCGGCGGAGCCGGUAUUAGGAAUUUAGGUGCGCAGAGCUCUUCAGGACUCUGUCCCACAAAGUCCUCGAAUUUUCAUAAUUUAUCUUCAUCUUUCAGGUCUCUGUCGAGUGUCGAAGUGUACAGUCCACAUUCCGCACAAAAUUGCAAUCCAAUCAAUGAUUCAUUGUUUUGCAUUUACAAACAAUGAAUUGUAGCAGGACAUUACAAAAAAAGAACAAGAGAAAAAGGGG